AUGGAGUUUCUCUUGUUAGAGAAGUCACUAAUCGCCGUCUUCGUGGCGGUGGUUCUCGCCGCCGUGAUUUCCAAGCUCCGCGGCAAGAAAUUGAAGCUACCUCCUGGUCCUAUACCGAUUCCGGUGUUCGGAAACUGGCUCCAGGUCGGAGAUGACCUCAACCACCGUAACCUCGUCGAUUACGCUAAGAGAUUCGGAGACCUUUUCCACUUACGGAUGGGUCAACGGAACCUAGUCGUCGUCUCUUCGCCGGAUCUGACCAAGGAAGUUCUCCAAACACAGGGAAUCGAGUUUGGAUCCAGAUACAGGAACAUCGUGUACGAUAUCUUCACCGGAAAAGGGCAGGAUAUGGUUUUCACGGAGUACGGCGAGCACUGGAGGAAGAUGCGACGGAUCAUGACGGUUCCGUUUUUCACCAGCAAGGUGGUUCAGCUUAACCGGGAAGGAUGGGAAUCGGAGGCGGCGAGUGUAGUCGAAGAUGUGAAGAAGAAUCCAGAUUCGGCGACGAAAGGGAUCGUGGUGAGGAAGCGAUUGCAAUUGAUGAUGUAUAAUAAUAUGUAUCGUGUUAUGUUCAAUAGAAGGUUCGAGAGCGAGGAUGAUCCUCUUCUUCUCCGGUUAAAAGCCUUGAACGGAGAUAGAAGCCGGUUAACUCAGAGCUUCGAGUAUAACUAUGGCGACUUCAUCCCUAUCCUAAGGCCGUUUCUAAGAGGCUAUUUGAAGAUUUGUCAGGAUGUGAAGGAUCGGAGAUUAGCGCUCUUCAAAAAGUAUUUUGUUGACGAGAGGAAGCGAACUGUGAGCGGUAAGCCUUCAGGCAGCGAAGGAUUGAAAUGCGCCAUUGAUCACAUCCUCGAAGCUCAACAGAACGGAGAAAUCAACGAGGAUAAUGUUCUUUACAUCGUCGAGAACAUCAAUGUCGCUGCUCUGGAGACAACAUUGUGGUCUAUCGAGUGGGGAAUUGCUGAACUUGUGAACCAUCCUGAAAUCCAGAGCAAGCUAAGGAACGAGAUCGACACGGUGCUUGGACCAGGCGUGCAAGUCACAGAGCCAGAGCUUCAAAAGCUUCCAUACCUCCAAGCCGUGCUCAAAGAGACACUUCGUCUAAGAAUGGGUGUUCCUCUCCUCGUGCCUCACAUGAACCUCAACGACGCUAAGCUCGCUGGCUACGAUAUCCCAGCAGAGAGCAAAAUCUUGGUCAAUGCCUGGUGGCUAGCGAACAACCCUAGCAGCUGGAAGAAACCUGAAGAGUUUAGACCUGAGAGGUUCUUUGAAGAAGAGUCGCACGUGGAAACGAGCGGUAAUGACUUCAGGUAUUUGCCGUUUGGUGUUGGACGUAGAAGCUGUCCCGGGAUUAUAUUGGCGUUGCCCAUUUUGGGAAUCACAAUUGGUAGGCUGGUACAAAACUUCGAGCUUCUUCCUCCUCCUGGACAGACUAAAGUGGAUAACUCUGAGAAAGGUGGACAGUUCAGCUUGCAGAUCCUUAACCACUCGACGAUCGUUAUGAAACCAAGGGCCUUUUAACAGAGGAAAUGGCAACAGCAUCGGCUCACAGUUUGGUCAGAGAGGUGUACUAAUAAUGUAUGUAAAGUAUAAACAAUAAUAAACAGCCAAGAGAACAUCAAUCUUUGGAGCUUCUCUCAAUUUGCUGAACUUGUCAACCGCUAUUUCAUUAAAACUGCAAGAUAAACAUCAGUCUCAGAUGUUUUGAUACUAAUCCUGAGACUGUUGUUCUGCUAAAUGACUGUAUUAAGACAAUAACCAAGACAAGAUGAUCAAAAGUAGUUUUA